UGCAUGUCCACAGUGAUGAUGUGUGCACAUGCUGCCUGAUGGAGUGAGUGUGUGUCCACCUGGCCAGUUGCAUGUAGGUGUGUGUCACUGAAGGGAAGGAGGAUACCUUAACCGGACACUUCAUUGUGAGCCUGAAACAGGUCCAGUGCUUCCCCCUUUCACUCUCUCUCCCUCUCUCUCUCUCUCUCUCUCUCUCUCUCCCCCUCGCACUCCUUCCCUCUGUCCUCCCUCUUUCUCUGUCUUCCUCUCAGUGGCUGGUCAAGCUCCUCUCCUCUGUGUCCUGCUCUCCACCUGGCCUCCAUGAGUUUAACUGAGGACAAACUAUCCUCCCUCCCUGGAAGAUGGGAAAUGCUUCAGACACAUCUGCUGUGUUUACCUCCACCAUCUCCAAGGAGCACGACAUCCUCAUGGGUUCACUCUACAGCAUAUUUUGUAUAAUGUCCCUCCUAGGAAACUGCAUUCUGCUACUUGUUGCAUAUCACAAGCGAUCAACCUUGAAGCCAGCAGAGUUCUUCAUCAUCAAUCUCUCCAUCAGUGACCUUGGGAUGACGCUCUCUCUAUUUCCACUGGCAAUACCGUCAGCUUUUUCACACAGGUGGCUGUUUGGAGAAAUUACCUGCCAGCUCUAUGCUAUGUGUGGAGUGCUGUUUGGUCUGUGCAGCUUGACAAACCUCACAGCCCUCUCUUUAGUGUGCUGCCUCAAAGUCUGCAUCCCUAACCAUGGUAACAAGUUCUCCUCAUCACAUGCCCGCCUCCUGGUGGUUGGAGUGUGGUGUUACGCAUCUGUUUUUGCUGUGGGGCCCUUGGCACAAUGGGGACAUUACAGUCCAGAACCUUAUGGAACAGCCUGCUGCAUUGACUGGCAGGCUCCCAACCACAAGCUUUCGGCUUUGUCUUACAUCGUCUGCCUUUUCAUCUUCUGCUACGCGCUGCCCUGCACCAUCAUCUUCCUCUCCUACACUUUCAUUCUGCUGACGGUGCGGGGGUCACGUCAGGCCGUCCAGCAGCAUGUGUCACUGCAGACCAAGACCACCAACGCACACGCUCUCAUUGUCAAGCUGUCAGUGGCAGUAUGUAUAGGCUUCCUGGGUGCCUGGACCCCAUACGCGGCCUUGGCCAUGUGGGCUGCUUUUGGUGACGCCACACAGGUUCCUCCUGCUGGGUUCGCCUUGGCCGCCGUGUUCGCCAAGUCCUCCACCAUUUACAACCCAAUGGUCUACCUGCUGUGCAAGCCCAACUUUCGCGAGUGUUUAUACAGAGACACGUCGAUGUUGCGACAGAUGAUCUACAGGGGAAGUCCACAGUCGGAGCCGAAAGAACGCUUCGGAUCCACCUUGCAGCGCAACAAGGACGUGAGCAUCUCCACACGCUUCUCAAAUGGACAGCAGGAGGGCUACGGAUCGUGUCUGCAAUGCACUGACGAUGUGUCGCUGUGUCAUGUGACCACGCCUCAAAGGACUGCCUGUAUCCUGACUGGAUCCACCUACACAGAGGUGACAGUUAGCCAGCUCUCAGCUAAGCCACAGGCUGAUUUUCUCUAGGUGCUACAACGUCCUCCUUUCAUGAACCAAACAAGACAGGAGAAAUGCUCAGAAUGACAGAUUACUGGGCAUUACUUGGAUAAUGAAGGGCCUGCACAAGUUAUAAUGUGUGUGUUUCACCUCUGAUGACAUCCCUCCUGAAAGACUUAAAAGACUCUUUCACUACGAAUUACCUGAGACUUCAUCUGAGAAGAUUUACCAGGCAAAUUUAUACUUGUAAUGUCUUGAUGUCUGCAUUUGUGCCAGCUUGUUUCCUGUUUUGUUUACAUGUACAGCAAUUUAACUGGAUUCUGACAGAGCAGAAAAUGAGACAGGAGAACCCCUGCUGGCUUCAAGGUUAAUUAUGCAAAUGUGUACUUUUGUGUGCAGCGUGGGGACAAACCGUGUUUAAUAUUUGACCAGUGCAAAUAAAACAAAUUAUACAUUAAAGGUAUUUAAUUACUGCAAAGGACUACAAAGAAGAUGAAGAGAUUGUUUAGGUUUUGUCGCAUGAGGGACGUGUUAUAUGUUAAGUGGUACUCGACUCAAAAUCAUCACGUAUUCACCCCUUACAGGUCCAAACGUCUGUAUUGAUGUUUUGUCCUUGUCACCACUGGGAUCCAUUGUAACAGAGACACAUAAUCAAACUGACAGCUGCUGUUUUCUGGUAGGAGAAAAGCAGCCAACUUUUAGCAGCUACUUUAUGCCUGUAGGAGCUAAGUAUCUGAUGCUCUAAAGGCAGAUUUAAGUGGAAUAUCACUUUAAUGAACAUCUACUUGAAGAGGCUGUACUGUGCCACGUAACCUGCAGUCAUUCUCCCACCAUAGACUGCCAGAUAAAAUGUUUCGACGUUCGUUUUGACAGAAAUAAAAAUUUUUACUUGAUGGAACCAUUCCAAGUCACUUAGAUCUGGGUAAAUGAAUAUUUAGAGAGAUUCCACUCAAAAUUAAAUUCUUACUAACAAGAGCGUCACCUGUAAUUUCAGACCAUUUCAUGUUAUUCUGUAUUUUUUAAAAUCAUUGAUGUAAAAAUUUAUAAAUAUGUAUUUCCGUAGCCUAUAGUAAUAGUUGAAGGUUGUCAGUUUAAAAACUGACUUUUCUUAUUGACAUUUUAAAUAUUUUUAAUGAAUCCUUUUGAUUAGCGUAAAAUGACUCACACAAGCUCACACAUAGUGCCGAUGAUUUCACAUGCACAUUAUAUUAAAGAAAAUGUGUGUUUUUAUUAAAAACACCCAUUUUCUUGAAUAUAAUGUGCAAGAUUAAUUUUCUUUUAAUUUUGCACUUUAUUUGCUGCUAAAUAAUGUUAAUUUACAGCAAGUAUCCAUUUAACAACCCAUGGGUAAAAUACAUUACUCCUUGGACAUAAGUUGGCUAUUUAACAAUCACAGCUGAUUCUACAUCACAGCAACAACAUUAGUUUUCUCUAAAAACACAAACUGCACUUUGCUGUAUUUACUUCUACUUUCUAGGGGUUGACCGAUUAUCGUCCAAGCCAAUUAUCAGAUCCAAUACUGAGUCUUUCUGAUUAUCAUCUCAUUUUUUAUAUUAAUAAUGAAAAAAACUGAUCUCUGGUCAAAUAAAUUAAUAUUAAAUGAUGCAGCUGCCUUUUUUGUAUCUGUAGUCAACAUCUCACAGCACUAUCUGAUUGGUUACAUGUCAUAAGUCAUGGAUAUUAACACUGAACAUAUGUAAAACAUAGGCUAAGGUGUUUGGAGUUUGUGUUUUUGUAAAUUCUGACACCAGGAUUUAAAUUUUUACUGAAAAUAUAAAUUAUUUCCAAAUAUCAAUUAUUGGUCUCCUUUCAUUACAAACAAUCAGCAUUGGCUCUGAAAAAACAUAUCGGUCGACCCCUAUUUUUUGAUGUGGUACUGUGCUGUGUGGCUUCAUGUGCAUAUAAAGAAAAGUAAUACUGUAUGUAUAUAAUUAUUAUAUCAAAACUAAUUUCUGUUCAGCCUUAUUUACUAAAGACAUAAAAAAUGUCUGUAACUGUUUUAGUGUGUCUUAUUCCUGGAAUAGAAAGUUGCAUUGUCAUCCAGAGAGCCAGGGCUCAAACUGACUAAAAUUCUUUUAUUUAGUCUUAAUCAAAUUGUAUAAAUGAAAAGACUGCAAAAUAGGAGCAAGACUGUAAAUACAAAAUUACUUGACACUAUAGAAUUAUACUGCAACAGAUUAUAGCACAGGAAGUAUUACUACGACUGAGGACUAUGUCUUAUUUCCUUUGAAAAGAAGCUCAUAUUUCAUGUCUGACUUGAUUUUUUUCCAACAUUUUAAUUACCUGUGAGGGACUAGUGCUGUGGAAAUUGUUAAUUAACUGGAGAGCACAGCAGGUUCAAAUUGCUGGCAAUCUAAUUUUCUACAAAGAGUGUACUGACACUAGAGAAGGCACUUUGGUGUGGUUUCCAUUUAAAAUUCUGCAGUUGGUACGCACAAUUUCUUGAGGCUGAAACUAAUCUGCUCCCACUUGCUAAACAUGAAUGUUUGAGAAGAUACUGGAAAUGAAAUAUUAAGACCAAAUACACAAAUGUUUGGUUUGUCCUCCAACACACUACAUGUUUGGAGCAAAAUCUGGAUUUCAUACAGCUUCAGUUUGAGGAAAUGGUUGGAAAAUUGUCUCCUACUUUAAACUGAAAAACAAAUAUCAAUCAAUCAAUCCAUCCAUCCAUCCAUCCAUCCAUCUAAUUAUUUGUCCACAACAACUGGUAUAUAUUAAUAUACAAAUACAUGCAUAUAUAGUGUAUCUGCUGAAGUGAUCUACUUUUAUCAGAGCAGAAGUGAGAUGGACCAAUAAAUGCACACCCCAAUGCCAGCAGAGAGCACAAGCAAAUAUGCAUGAAGGAUCAACUUAGAUGCAAAGUAAUUUAUUUUAACCCCAGGUUAAAAAAAAAAAAAAGUCUGGAGGAUAAGCGUUUUAGUGGCAACCAAUAUAGGAAAGCAGUGCGAUAUAGCCAGAGGAGGAAUUAUAAGGGAAAAAAACUGAUAUGGCACAUAACAUUUAGAGGGACUGGCAUCAAAAUAAUCCCGGAUGGGUGCCCACAGCAGCUGCAACCCAUAAACCGAAUCUAUCAACAACGAUUUACCUUUUUGACUACUGUGACUGUUGCAUGUGAGAUUCUUACAUUUUGAUCAGUGUAAUCUGUUUUUGUAGGACAGAUGGCACUUCUUGGUAAACAUAAUUAUAAGUCUUACUGACUCCACUGUUUUGUUGCCACAGAUGGAAUUUACACUGCAAAGCAACUAAAUAUUAAAAAUGCUUCAAUUCAAGAGUCACUCCAGAAAUAAUUACUGGGAAGUUUAUACACUCUAAUCCUCGUGUAAUUUUUCUCUUUACAAUCCCAUUCUCCCUCACCAACUCUCUUCUCCUCAGUUUACCUUAAACUCUCUCUCAAAUUGCUUCUUGCUCUUGAAAUCCCCACCAUGAUUUGCCAUACAGAUUGUUG